AUGAGGCGCAAGCUUAUCAUUCAGGCUGCUGCUUUAGUAGCUGCCAUUCAUGCAUUCAUGUUUAGUCGGUUCUUGUGUGGCCAACAGUCUCGCCCUAGUAUUAGUUAUGCACCUCUUAGUGCCAUGGACGAGGAGAGGAGGAGGACCAACGACGACUUGAGCAAGGACAAGACGUGCCGGUUCAAGGGCACCCAGCAGGCCUACGCCGCCGGCGCCCGCGGCAGCUUCGAGUACACCGUCGCCUGCGACAUCCCCACGGGCUCCUACGUGCGCGCCUACGCGCUCGACGCCUCAGUCACGCAGGUGGCCUACGGCCAGACUGGCCCCACCGCCGUCUUCGACGUUGCCGACAUCACAGGCAUCCACGCAUCCAUCGAGGUCGCCGCCGGAGUGUUCUCGGCCUUCUCUGUCGCCACGCUCGCCUUCUUCGUCGUCGUCGAGAACCGCAAGAAGAGGGAAGUAGGGGGCGGCCGUGCGCAACGCUAUGUGUCGUCGCCGCGUGGUCAGUUCUGA